AUGAACACCAGGCAAGCUCUUAGGCUACGGGUGGUGCGAGCAUAUCAGAUUCCUGAGAGAAGUGAUCCAUCUAAGAUUAGAUCAAAAGAAAUAGUUUUUCAUGAUGAAGAGGGUUCCUUCCUGCAUGCUCAUGUACCCAAAGAAUAUGUGGAAAAGUACCUAAGCUAUUUUUCUGAAGGUUCAGUUUACGCUAUAAAGAAUUUUUGUGUGAUCACUAAUUUCUACUCAUACAAAACCAGCCCACAGAAGUACAUGAUAAAAUUCAACUAUCAGACUAUGGUAAAUGAUUUAAAGAAUGCGAAAUUUCCUAUGAAAAUGUAUCGUCUCAAGUCGUUUAGGGAGAUCAAGUCUAAUGAAGGCCUUGAUGAGAAACACCUCUUUGAUGUGAUUGAUCGAGUUAUUGAGAUUCACUGCCCACAGGAGAAAUUGAUUAAUGGGAAGAACUCUAGGCUGAUUGACUUCACCAUUGAAGACACUGAUGGUAUACAAUUGAUGUGUACUUUGUGGGAUGAACACGUAGGCAAGAUCGAGGCACUCUACAAUUCUACUUCACAAGAGCCCUUAUUGGUGUUGAUCCAAUUUUGUAGGGCUAGGGUGUGUUUAAAAAGUGGGGAUGUUAAGAUUUGUAGCUCCUAUGAUGUAACACAACUGCUGUUCAAUCAGGAAUCUCCACCAUUUGAGGAGUUUAGAAAAAGGAAAAGUCAGGAACAGACUCCAAUGCGCAGUAUUAUUUCGCAAUCAAGUUUUAAGGAAUGCAGCUCAUAUUCAGUUUCCCUAUCUGGUGAUAUGGAAGUCCGUACUAUCAGUGAAAUAUACAGAGACAAGGAGUUUAAUGAAGAUAGUGUAAAAAGAACCAAUUCAGAUUAA